AUGGCCAAUUCCAAGAUGGUAUCUACUACAAUCGAUACCGCCUGCAUUGUGAUCGAAAGUCUACAGAUGGAGCAAAUCUAUCGACCAAAAAAAACUAUGUCUGCUAUUACCGUCUUUCCUCAACGUACGGAUGGAAAGCACGAUUACAGAAUAUGGAACCCCCAACUAAUUAGCUACGCCGGUUACAAAAAACCUGACGGAACUAUCAUCGGUGACCCACAGAACGUCGAGUUCACUGACGUCUGCAUAAAAUUGGGAUGGAGAGGACACGGCACCAUGUUCGAUAUUCUCCCGCUGGUGUUGUCUGCCAACGGUCACGAUCCCGAUUAUUUCGAUAUACCGAGCGAGCUUAUAUUGGAAGUACCAUUAAAGCAUCCCUCAUUUGAGUGGUUCGAGAAGCUCGGAUUGAAAUGGUACUCGCUUCCAGCGGUAUCGAACAUGAUGUUCGACUGUGGUGGUCUACAAUUUACUGGUGCCGGAUUUAACGGGUGGUACAUGAGUACCGAAAUUGGGUGUCGAAAUCUCUGUGAUACAUACCGUUUUAAUAUGUUAGAGACUGUAGCAUUAGCGAUGGGCUUAGAAACUCACACUAGCGUCACACUGUGGAAAGAUAAGGCGAUGGUCGAGUGCAAUCUAGCCGUUUUGUACAGUUUUCAAUUAAAGGGAGUGACCAUUGUUGACCAUCACACGGCAUCGGAGUCAUUCAUGAAGCAUCUUGAAAAUGAAACGCGACUACGUAACGGUUGUCCUUCGGAUUGGGUUUGGAUAGUACCGCCGAUGUCGGGUUCUGCUACUCCGGUGUUUCAUCAAGAGAUGGCUUUGUACCAUCUGAAACCAUCCUAUGAAUAUCAGACAUUUGUCGGUUCGUCCACCUAUUUCUCAAACUAUUUUUAUUGGAGAAAGCUUUUGGCGGUUCUCGCCGCGUUAGGCAUUGGGCUAUUGAACGUCUUAAUCGGUUUGUGCUUCUAG